AUGACUACUCUAUGCCGAGGCUGGCACUAUCAGUCCAACCAUAUCUCUGAUGAAGAUGGAAGAAUAAUCCUGAUCUGGAGGGAUCCUCUUAAGCUUCGUGUCCUGUCUCAGUCCCGUCAGAUGUUAACCUGUGAGAUCAUGCUCCCAAACAGUGCUCCAUUCAUCUACACUGCAAUCUAUGCCUCUAACUUAAGUGAGGAACGCACAGAUCUUUGGAUUGAACUAUUAAACCCCCAUACUUCUCUAAACUUAGACAGUCAGCCGUGGAUGAUAGGUGGAGAUUUUAACCAGAUCCUUCACAGUGUAGAGCAUUCUGCAUUCAAUGAACACUCGAGCCUAUCAAAUAUGUAUUACCUCCGUGACUGUCUCCUGCAGCUGGGAGUGUUCGACUUGCGUUACCAAGGCCCUACCCACACAUGGUCGAACAAACAGCUUCUAUCCCCAGUAGCUAUAAAGCUGGACAGAUACCUCACAAACAGCCAAGUUAUCUCCACCUUCCCUCAUAUCUCAGCUACCUUCCUUCCCCCCGAUAUCUCGGACCACUCACCCUGUCUUAUUGACCUUGCCUUUCAACUGCCUAAAGCCGGUACCCAACCUUAUAAAUUCCAAAACUACCUCAUAAAACACCCGAGCUUCACUGAGGUGGUGCAAGAUGCUUGGUUUGAAGCCGGAAGCGUGUCUGCCAACCUUUCGUCAUUGUUGGAAGCUGAAACUCAUAAAGAGAAGUUUAAAACAAUUAAAUAG